AUGAUGCCCAAACCUAGCCACUUUUAUGCGCGCCUAAAGAGUUCGACAAAUAUUGUUUUCGGUCGCGCACAUUUUCUUCAGUCUUUCAAAACAAAAUAUACAUAUAGAAAUCUAUAUGGGAAUGCGGACCUAUUUGAAAAGACCACAUUGAAGAUAAUCCGCGACAAAUAUGAGCAAGGUACGGCCUUGACAGCUGUUACUGCAUAUGAUUAUUCUAGCGCUAUACAUGUGGAUCAAGCAGACAUAGAUAUUCUGCUUGUUGGUGACUCUGCUUCCAUGGUUAUUCAUGGUCACGAUACAACACUACCAAUUACACUUGAGGAAAUGCUAGUACAUUGUCGAUCUGUUUCACGUGGUGCUAAAAAAGCUUUCUUGGUUGGCGACAUUCCCUUUGGAAGUUAUGAAAGUGAUGACGAACAUUUGUUGAAAGCAGCUAUUAGGAUACUGAAAGAAGGAGGAAUGCAUGCGGUCAAGUUAGAAGGUGGUGGUAAUCUUCGUGUUUCGUCUGUUCGUAAAUUAAAUCAAGCCGGUAUUGCUGUUAUGGGUCAUAUCGGCUUAACUCCGCAAUCUGUAAGUCUCUUUGGUGGAUUCCGACCUCAAGGAAAUAAUGCGAGGGCCGCAGUGAGGCUGGUUGAGCAGGCUAUUGAGUUGCAAGAUGCUGGUUGUUUUUCAAUUGUGCUAGAGUGCUUGCCUGAUUGUGUGUCUGCAGCUAUCACUUCUUCCGUCAAUAUUCCUACGAUUGGGAUAGGAGCAGGUUCCAGCACUAAUGGUCAAAUUUUAGUUUAUCAUGAUCUCCUUGGAUUUCUGCAACAUCCCCACCACGCAAAAGUUACACCAAAAUUUUGCAAGCAAUAUGCGCAAGUUGGUAAAGUUAUUAAUGACGCAAUGCUACACUUUAAAAACGAUGUUGCUACUGGUGUAUUUCCAGGAGCAUUAUUUUCUCCUUAUAUUCUGAAACUUCACGAGAGAGAAAUAUUUGUUGAGUUGCUCAAGAAGUCUGGAUAUUACGAAGCUGCAAGCAGUGUGGAAGCUUUUCAGUCUUCAUAA